CGCCGAUAGUGCGUCCCUCCUGCCGUAGAUUGUCCGAGCCUUUUGGGGCAGCUCGGCCACUGCCCAGGACUCAGGGUCACCUCGCUCUGCUGCGGCUCGUUCGCCGGUUCCUGGCAAGGACCCCCGAGUCAGGGUGCCCAGCGGAUGCCUGCAGGGUCCCGCUGGUGCCCACAGGCCAGCUAGCGCGGUGCCUGGCGAUCGGCGCUGCUGUGGGAGGACCAGAGUCGGAGGACUGGCUGAUUUACAAGGCUGUAUGGCUCCAGAGUAGGAAGGGUGGGAAAUGGAGUACUGAUGCAUCCCUAAUCCAGCUCUCUGAUGGCAGGAGUGAGAUGACCUCAAUCUUGCGAAGCCCUCAGGCUCUUCAGCUCACUCUAGCCCUGAUCAAGCCUGAUGCAGUUGCUCACCCACUGAUUCUGGAGGCUGUUCAUCAGCAGAUUCUGAGCAACAAGUUCCUUAUUAUACGAAUGAGAGAACUUCUAUGGAGGAAAGAAGAUUGCCAGAGGUUUUACCAAGAGCAUGAAGGGCGUUUUUUCUAUCAGCGACUGGUGGAGUUCAUGGCCAGUGGGCCAAUCCGAGCCUAUAUCCUCGCCCGCAAGGAUGCCAUCCAGUUCUGGAGGACAAUGAUGGGACCCACCAGAGUGUUUCGAGCACGCCACAUGGCCCCAGAUUCAAUUCGUGGAAGUUUUGGCCUCACUGACACCCGCAACACCACCCAUGGCUCUGACUCAGUGAUUUCAGCCAGUAGAGAGAUUGCAACCUUCUUCCCUGACUUCAGUGAACAGCGCUGGUAUGAAGAAGAGGAGCCCCAGUUGCGCUGUGGCCUUGUGCGCUACAGUCCAGAGGGAGGUAUCCACUGUGCAGCUGGAACAGGAGGUCCAGGACCAGCCUGAUGCAGACCUGUCAGUGUGUAUUGAUCAGUGGCAUUGCCCAACAUUUUCUUAUAGACCUCUGGCCUAGAGUAUUUUCCUUGGACCAGGAAAUCUUUGGGCUCUUGCUGCCAUCUCUAUUGGGCUCCACUACCAGCCCAGGAACUUAGUGCCUCACACCCACCUCCUCCAGAAUCUGGCUCUCUAUCUACCUCUUCUCUGGAAUGUUCAUGCAUGGUUCAGAGGGACUAUGGCUCUUCUUUUUUGCUGAGAACUAUUCAUCCUUUCUCAAGGAGGAGCUUGCCUAAUUGACUUGCCUAAAAAAUGCAUUGACUCUGUGUAAGCACCAUGUCAAGGAGCUUUUUCCCUUUUCUUCUUAGAAUUUUGUGGUUUCCUAUCUAAUAUUAAAAUCUUUAAUCCAUUUUAAGUUAAUUUUUUGAGCAAAAUAGGGGCCUAGUUUCAUUUCAAAGCCAUUGAAGAUUCCAAAGAGUUUCACUUUAUAUGAAAUAAUUGUUUACUAUUUAUUAUACUAGGUAUUUCAAUGAAGAAAUUUUAAGUAUUUAUGUUCAUUAAUUUUUAAAAUAACCCACUCCUUGUUAAUAUAAAUAAUAUUUUUAUUAAGAAUAUCUGUAUUUUCCUUUAAAAAUCAGUGGCAAAUGAGGCAUUAUUUCACAUUUUUGCAAAUUUCUUUAAUGUCCAACUUAAUAGAAGAGGUCGAAUUUCCUAUCUGCUUCUUUAUCCAGUCAUUAUGGUAUCUGUCAAGCACAAUACAGGUUUAUUAGCAGGUUAAGUAACAAUGAAUCCUUCUUAGAUCUGUCAGUUUAUUACUUAUGUAGACAGCAAAGGGGAAAGUAGCCCAAAGUGCCAGCUCCUCAUGACUCUUAUACAAAAUGACACAAAAACAAAAGCUACCAGGUGACUUCAUCAUUAAUGAUAAGACACAUUGUUGCUGAGGAGCCAAUUCUACACUGCAGUUAAGGGAUUUUAGAGCCUACUGCUAUACCAAGGGGGCCAGAAGAGAAAGUGACAUAUCUCAUCCAGACUCCAAAGAGAACCAAGAAGAUGAAUGGGAAAUGGCAUCUGAGCGACAAUUCAUAAACCUCCCAGGCUUUCUUGUUCCAGGAAGAGCAGUGUACAUUCUGCCAAUGUAGAUAUGCACAGGAUCACUAGGGGAGAGCCAUUGCCUAUAACUGUCAAUCCCAACCUUUCACAUGUCAAUAUAGGAAUUUAUUUUGGGGGGCCUUCCUGGUGGCUCAGGUGGUUAAGCACCGCACUAUGAAGCAAUCCGCAACCACUGCAGCACAAGUUCGAUCCCUGACUGGCCAGGAAGCAACCCACAUGGCACAGCAGACCUCUCCUGACUCACCCACUGCUCCUCUCAGCAGUGUAGUUCAGUCGAUCUGCCUGUUCUGUUCCCCACUCUGUCUCUGAUGAAUCCUCUCACCCCCUGCAUCUCUGGCCUGUGCCCCAGCUCUUGUGUGCAUAAAUAAAUAGAUCUUAAAAAAAAAAGAAUUUAUUUUGGGUUCUCCCUGGUGGUGCAGGGGUUAAAGUCUCAGUGCUAUCAAGCUGUCACCAGCCACUACAGCAUGGGUUCAAUCCCUGGCCAGGGAGCUAACCCACAUGUGGCAUAGCAGACCUCUUAUCUUGCCCACUGCUCCCCUCAGCAGUGUAUUUCAGUAUAUCUGCCUAUUCUGCUCCCCACUCUGUCGCUGGUGAAUCCUCUCACCCCUCUCACCUCUGCCUACACCCAGUUCUUCUAUGCAAAAAUAAAUAAAAAUAAUUUGGUUUAAAGUAGUCGUUUCCUAAGACUUCCUAAAAAAAAAUUCAUUUUGGAAAUGUAGACCAUCUACCAGAUACUCUAAUUGUACUGACAGGGAUUUGGACUAAAACUGUUCUAUAUGUCUUAGACAACAUCAGAUGAGCAUGACCAUGACUGUGACUCCCAGUAGAAUGACCAUGCCUGCUCGGAAUACAGACUAUAGCCAGGCUUCUCAUUUGCAGCCAAGGCAGUUACAAGUAUUACUAACCCAGAUGCAAUAAGAGAUUGGCAACUGUAGAUACCUCACCUCAAAUCGCCAAAAGUACAAGUAUGGGAUCUGGCACAAAGAGAAAGUUCUGUGUGCCUUCUUCACACUUAGCUUUCAGGAAGCCCUGACACCUCUUUCUCUUGUGCCUGCAUGGGAGAUGGGAGGACAGGAAUCUUUCUUUGUAUUCUUACCCUGCCUCAAAUGGCCACCAAGAAAUCUAGGGCAACACAAUUGCUUAUCACCACAAGAAAAUUUAGACUGGUUUGUCUAUUGUAGACAAGUAUAGGCCUAACAUUUGCGUACGAAGUAGUAGCAAUCUGAGCGGCAGCAUUUUGCUAAGGGGGUUGACGGUCAAACUGUCAAUCUCUAUCCUUUGCAAAAUGGUCUGUGCAAAAUAUAUAAAAGAGUUCAAAAAUGACAAGAUGUGGCUUAAGAAAAUCACAUCAGUGUCCAGGAAGUUAAUCUUGUUUGUCAUUUCUGGUGGAGACUAUUCACUCCUGCAGCUGUUGGAAGGUUUCUGUGAGUUCUUAGAUUAAGAUUUUUCAUUGGCCUUUUAUCGAGUUGAAAAUGGUAGAAGCUGUCUGGAUUAAAGUGACCAGAUGCACUUCAGAUAAAAGCUGAGAAAAAAAUUAAUGAUCCCACUUCCCACCCUUGACAUUUCAGAGUCUAAGUCAUUCUCUUCUCACUUGCCAGAGUUCUUACUCUUCUUCCAGAGCCAAGUAAUCUGGUCUAUGUGACCAGUCCCUACAACAGUCACUUCUCCAGUUCCUCCCACGUCUUACCCACACCAUAUACCCAAACAUCCUGGAUGGCUAGCAGUUUCAUCCUAGAAUACAUCCCUCAUCAUGAUGUGUGGGCCACGCCAGCAGGGCUAUUUUAGAAGUUGUCACCUCAUAUUUAGGAUCAUUGUCACCGAAAUCCAUAGCUACCCAAAUCCAGCAAGCAUACCCAGACAGCACAAAAUUAACACUAGGUUAGAGUCACCUACCUCCUGGUUCUUUGUAACUUGAAAAUUCCAGUAAUGUGAUUUUCCAGGGACAGGCAUAAGAAGAAAAUAAGUAGCAUGAGAAGGAGUUACGUACUCAUCUGAGUCUCUUUCAAUAGUCGGAGCCUCCUCCCUUAUUCCCUAACUUAUCAUUAAACAUUCUAUUCAAAUGAAGGGUACCCUUCCAAGAGGUUGCCACAGCUAGAGCUCUAACUACCUGUACUAAGUGUGUGCUCUACAGGGAACUGAGCCUUGGUUAUGUAGUAUCCUUUUCAGUUUUUCUUUUGAACUUUAAGUGGCAUCAACUGCUUGGAGAUGAUAUGGGGCAUGAAAAGUCCAGCAAUUAUUUCUGGUAACUAUUCACUCCUAGGUAAUUUUUACUAUAAGGUGAUACCAUUGUUGAUUAUGUGUGUUUAGGGAAUCCAAAUAUGCAAUAGACCAUCUAAGAGUUCUUGAAUAGUAAUGUCCACAUAUUUAAUGCAGGCAGGAUGGCACCCUGGUUAUGUGCCCAGAAGUCCUCUUUGUCAUUCAAUUGCAGAACUGACAGUAAGGCACAUUUGCCAGAUUUCCCUGGCCUCAUGUGCUAGAAUCACUGUAACUUAUUUGGAGGCUUGAUCUUGAAUUAUAAAUGGAUUACCAUGCCCUGUGCAAUGGUGUAUUCACAUGGCUAUAUUCCUUACCUGGGUAACAAGUUUAAUUAACUUACUGUUUCCAUUGAUGUUUAUCAUUGCAUGGCCUUUUUCCUUGGGCAUCCACUUGAGUCAUGAACAGGGAAUAUAGCCCUGGGCAAUCUGUUGCUGUAAUGUUUGUCCCCACAAAGACUGAGACUUGACAUCAAGUUGUCCUGCCGCCAGACACCAGGCCCAUUGCCAGUCCAUUAUGUGCUACCCACAAGUCAGUAAAAAAAUGUAGCAGUGAAUUUUAGGGAGUGUUUACCAAGAUAAGCACCAUAGUCUAUACUCCACCCAUUGAGAGAACUCUACCUGUUCUCUCUCUUUUUUAAAAAAAGAUUAAAGAUUUAUUUUUAUUUAUGCAUAUAAGAACUGGGCUGGAGGCCAAAGGAGUGGGGGGUAGAGGAUUCACCAGAGACAGAGUGGAGAACAGAACAGGCACAUUGACUGAAAUACACAGUAGCUGAGGGGAAAAGUGGUCAAGUCAGGAGAGGUCUGCUGUACCAUGUGGGUCACCUCCCUGGCUGGGGAUCUGCAGUGGCCAGGUUGUGUCUUAAGAUCUUGUGCCACCAGGGAGUUCCUGAGAUUACUGCAUUUGGAAGGUGACUAGCCACUUUUUCCUGUAGAUGUUGACUCCAUCAAUGUCCACUUCUUUUCUGAGCACUUUCUAUUUUGUUGGUGUUUGCAUUUUUUUACAGCUUGUUAAGUGGUUAAACCCUUUUGCAUCUACCAACUUUUUAUUUGGUGUGAGGGUCAUAUCCUCACCCAUGUUGGUCUUCUCUACUAUAUUACUGCCACCAUGUGGCUGGGUCAGGGGAGUCUGGUGGGCUCCAAACUGUUCAUUGUCCCAUUGCCACUGUCUAAACCUUGGCCUUUCCCCACUGGUAGCAUCCCUUAUAGUUAAGAGAAUUUGUUUUUAAAGAUUUAUUUUUAUUUAUUUAUGCAUAGAAGAACUGGGAUGGAGGCCAGAGAUGCGGGGGAUGAGAGGAUUCACCAGAGACAGUAGGGAGCAGAAAUACACUGCUGAGAGGAGCAGUGGGCAAGACAGGAGAGGUCUGCUUCUCCAUUGGGUUAGCUCCCUGGCUGGGGAUGGAACUCAUGUCACAGUAGCUGCUGAUAGCUAGAUAGUGCUGAAACCUAACUCCUGUGCCAUUUGGGAGGACCCAAUUAAGAGAAUUAUUAGUCAGAUUUAAAGAUUCUAUUUACACAAUGCUCUCGGCAAGCUAUGGAUGUAUAGAAUGUCCACCAAAUGAAAUAACACAGACUAGUUUUGUUUUUUUUUUUAAUAGAGGCAUGUUUAUUUAUUUGUU